AUGAAUGUUCUCACAUUCCUUGUAAUAUCUGUCCUAGCUGCAAAUGCAGAAAGAUAUACGCUCGAUAUAUCCAAAGAAGUGGACAAAAGAUUUUACUCAAGGAUUGAGUAUGGAAGGGAUGAAGGGACCUCUUGUCUAUUUUUCCCAAGGAAAGGAGUUAUCAUAACGGGUCUUUGCGAUGACGAUAAUCCAAUUUGGACGGGUGGAGAGUUUGACAGGCUAAGAACAUUUCGCAUAAACUACCUCUCUGGAAUACCAAAGGUAGCUUGUCUACGCUUAUAUUCCAGAGGAGAAGAAGUUAGUAUCUACUACAAAGUCCAAUGUGAUGAAUAUGACGAAAUUACGAGGGAAGAGUAUGAUAAAACCCUGGAAAGGCUUUUUACUGAUCGCAGAUUAAAUAUAAAGAAUAUAAAUCCAAUGCUAUUUAAAUCGGACCCAUUUGAAGAGCGUCCAACCACUGCAAAAAUAUACGGCCCGCGAGGAAAGUAUAGGAUUAUUGCUGUUGAAGAUGAUGCCACUGUUUUAUGGGAAGCACGAACGGAAACCGCAAGGUGUGAUUAUGUGGUGCUUCACGGUGAUCAAACUUCCCCUCAGUUUAUACACAUGUUCACCAGGAAUAAUGGCUUCUUUGAAAUGCUUUAUUUUACCAAAAGAGAUGGUAUGUGGGCCUCAAUCAGAGAGGAUGUGUUCAAUAGCGAACUUUGUGAAGCUGAUGGACAUUUUGAUACCAAACUCUGA